GGGCGUGCACGUAUGCAUGCAUGUGUUUGUGUGUGUUUGUGUGUGUGUUACUCCCACAGGCAGCACAGCUGAGUGUGGGAGGGGCCAUCUCCUCAGCCUGGGUGUGAGUCCAGGGCUUUCAGACUCCCAGAGACAGACCAGUCUGAGGAAGGGGAGGUUGUGAGUGAGUGUAUGUAUGCAUAUGUGUGUGUGUGUGUGUGUGCGUGUCUGUCAGGAAGAAGGAGAAACUCGCCUGACUUUUUCCCCCGCCGAGGCUUUUCUCAAUUGGAUAUGCUGGCUGCCCCUUCUCCUCCCCGGGAUCUAUUGAGGAGGUGUCUUGCCACGGCCGUUGAUCAUGCAAGGAAGGGCUAACAAAGCUCCCAAAAAGGAGCUCGUCAUCGAAUCCCCCAGGCAGUACAAGAGCUCGGCCGCCGUUGAGGCCGAGGGGGACUCGGUGCCACAGGUGGUGGUGAAGCCCAAGGUGAUAGAGCCACUGGAUUAUGAGAAUGUGCUGGUGCAGAGAAAGACCCAGAUCCUCAGCGAUGUCCUCAGAGAUAUGCUGCAGUUCCCCCUGGAGGACUUCCAGAUUUCGACGUUGAGACGCCAGGGGAGAACUUUGUACCCCACGGUGCCAGAAAAUGCAGUGGAGGAAGCCCAGAGUCUGUUUGUCCAAGAGUGCAUCAAAACCUAUAAAUCUGACUGGCACGUCGUCAACUACAAGUAUGAGGACUACUCCGGGGACUUUCGGCAACUUCCCAACAAAGUGUCCAGACCAGAAAAAUUGGCCAUCCAUGUUUUCGAAGUGGAUGAGGAUGUUGACAAAGAUGAGGACACAGCCUCCUUAGGUUCCCAGAAGGGCGGGAUCACCAAGCAUGGCUGGCUAUGCAAAGGCAACAUGAAUAGUGCCAUUAGUGUGACAAUGAGGUCUUUCAAGAGAAGGUAUUUCCACCUGACGCAGCUCGGAGAUGGCUCCUACAAUCUCAACUUCUACAAGGACGAGAAGAUCUCCAAGGAACCCAAGGGAACCAUUUUCCUGGACUCCUGUAUGGGUGUGGUUCAGAACAACAAGGUUCGGCGGUUCGCCUUUGAGCUCAAGAUGCAGGAUAAGAGCACCUACCUGCUGGCCGCCGACGGCGAGGCGGAGAUGGAGGACUGGAUCAACACCCUCAACAAGAUCCUGCACAGCAGCUUUGAGAUAGCCAUGCAGGAGAAGAGAAACGGAGACCUCCACGACGAUGAUGAACUGGGGAAGUCAGACAGCUCCUCCGGGAGCAUGGACAGCUUUCAGAGUGCACGAGAUAUCGAAUCCAAGAUGAGAAACGAAACCAGAUUGAAGCUGUUCACCCUGGACCCUGACACACAGAAACUCGAUUUCUCGGGAAUUGAGCCGGAUGUAAAGCUGUUUGAGGAGAAGUUCGGCAAGCGCAUUCUGGUGAACUGCAACGACCUGUCAUUUAACCUGCAGUGUUGUGUGGCAGAGAACGAGGAAGGACCAACAACAAAUGUGGAACCGUUCUAUGUCACACUUUCGCUGUUUGACAUUCAAAACAGCAGAAAGAUCUCCGCCGACUUCCACGUGGACCUAAACCACCUGUCCGUCAGGGGCAUGAUGGCCAACUCAAACAGCCAGCACAUGAACGGCGGGGAAACACUCCACGUGGGACAGCGGUUGGUCCACAGUGUGCCGGAGUCAGCCAUGCAGUAUCCUCGACAGGGAGUGUUCUCGGUAACGUGCCCACACCCAGAUAUCUUCCUGGUGGCUCGCAUCGAGAAGGUCCUCCAGGGGGGGAUCACCCACUGUGCCGAGCCGUACAUGAAGAGUUCGGACUCCACCAAGGUGGCACAGAAGGUCCUGAAAAAUGCCAAGUUGGCCUGCAGCCGGUUAGGCCACUACAGGAUGCCCUUUGCCUGGGCAGCGAGGCCUCUGUUCAAAGAUGCUUCAGGGACACUGGAUAAAAGUGCCCGCUUCUCGGCGCUCUACAGACAAGACAGCAACAAGCUGUCCAACGAUGACAUGUUCAAACUGCUUGCUGACUUCAGAAAGCCAGAGAAGAUGGCCAAGCUACCUGUAAUCUUAGGGAACCUCGAUGUUACCAUUGACAGUGUGGCCCCCGACUUGACAAAUUGUGUUACCUCAUCCUACAUUCCUGUGAAGCAGUUUGAUAUGAGUGAGAGGAACAACAUCCUCUUCGAAGUGGAGGAGUUUGUGCCGUGCAUCGCCAAGUGCUCCCAGCCUUUCACCAUUUACAACAAUCACCUCUACGUCUACCCGAAAAACUUGAAGUACGACAGCCAGAAGUCCUUCGCAAAGGCAAGGAACAUCGCUGUCUGCAUCGAGUUCAGGGACUCGGACGAGGAGGAGGCCGUCUCACUCAAGUGCAUCUACGGGCGACCAGGAGGACCCCUGUUUACCAAAAAUGCCUUUGCUGCGGUAUUACAUCACCAGCACAACCCCGAGUUUUAUGACGAGUUUAAAAUUGAGCUGCCAACCCAGCUCCAUGAGAAGCACCAUCUGCUCUUUACCUUCUUCCAUGUCAGCUGUGAUAGCAACAGCAAGGCCAGCACCAAAAAGAGAGACACUGUUGAAACACAGGUGGGUUACGCCUGGCUCCCUUUGCUGAAGGACGGCCGGGUGAUCAUGAACGAGAACCACGUCCCGGUGGCUGCCAACCUGCCGGCCGGCUACCUGAGCUGUCAGGAAGGUGUCAGCAAGCAUUCAGGUCCUGAAAUCAAAUGGGUGGAUGGAGGAAAGCCAAUUUUCAAGGUGUCUUCUCACCUUGUGUCCACCGUCUACACUCAGGAUCAACAUUUGCACAAUUUUUUUCACCACUGUCAGAGCAUAGCGUCUGCAGCGCAGGUAUCUGGAGGAGAACUGGUCAAAUACCUGAAGAGUCUUCAUGCCAUGGAGAGUCAUGUGAUGAUCAAGUUCCUGCCCACCAUUUUGAAUCAGCUGUUUCGGGUGCUGACUAGUGCCACCCAGGAGGACGUCGCCGUCAACGUCACUCGAGUCAUGAUACACGUUGUUGCCCAGUGCCAUGAGGAAGGGUUGGAGCACUAUCUGAGAUCAUAUGUGAAGUAUGUGUUCAGAACUGAGCCAUAUGCAGCCUCCACCACCCGAACAGUACACGAGGAGCUGGCUAAAGCCAUGACUGCUAUUCUGAAACCCUCCACCGACUUCCUCACUAGCAACAAGCUGCUCAAGUACUCCUGGUAUUUCUUCGAAGCUUUGGUCAAGUCCAUGGCUCAGCACUUGAUCGAGAGUGGUAAAGUGAAGCUCUCCAGGAAUCAGCGUUUCUCGGCGUCCUUCCAUCACACUGUGGAGACCCUGGUGAACAUGAUGAUGCCCCACAUCACCCAGAAAUACAAAGACAACCUGGAUGCUGCCAGAAACGCCAACCACAGCCUGGCGGUCUUUAUCAAGCGCUGCUUCACCCUGAUGGACAGAGGCUUUGCCUUCAAGCAGAUCAACAACUACAUCAACUGCUUUGUGCCCGGAGACCCCAAGACGCUGUUUGAGUUCAAGUUUGAGUUCCUGCGAGUCAUCUGCAACCAUGAGCACUACAUCCCCUUGAAUCUGCCCAUGCCUUUUGGAAAGGGGAGGAUACAGCGAUUUCAAGACCUUCAGCUCGACUACUCGCUGACAGACGACUUCUGUAAGAACCACUUCCUGGUCGGGCUGCUCCUCAGGGAGGUCGGUGCGGCUCUGCAGGAGUUCAGGGAGAUCCGUCAGAUAUCCAUCCAGGUGCUGAAGAGCCUGAUGAUCAAGCACACCUUCGAUGACCGCUACACCUCCAAGAGCCAGCAAGCCAGGUUGGCCACCCUCUAUUUGCCCCUGUUUGGUCUGCUCCAAGAGAAUGUGAACAGGCUGAAUGUGAAGGAGGUCUCGCCGUUCAGCGUCCACUCAGCUAGCAAUAACGGGAGAGAUGAUUCCCUCCUGGCCAAUGCCCUCAUAACCCCGCCGAGGUCCAGCACCUUCCUGGACACGAGUCUACACAAGGACGUUUUUGGAGUCAUCUCCGGCACUGCUUCGCCGCACACGUCCUCCACCCCAAAUAUAAAUUCGGUGCGUCAUGCUGAUUCCCGCGGCUCCCUCAUCAGCACCGACUCCGGAAACAGCCUGUCCGAGAGGAACAACGACAAGGCCAACUCUCUCGAUAAGAACCAGCCUGCCUCGGCCCUGGGCAGCAACACCCUGCUGAGAUGUGACAAACUGGACCAGGCAGAGAUCAAGAGCCUUCUCAUGUGUUUCCUCCACGUGCUCAAAAGCAUGUCUGAAGAUGCCUUGUUCACAUACUGGAACAAGGCUUCAUCAGCUGAGCUGAUGGAUUUUUUCACUCUAGUCGAAGUGUGUCUCCAUCAGUUCAGAUAUAUGGGAAAGAGAUACAUCGCCAGGAACCAGGAUGGGGCGGGACCAUUAGCACAUGAGCGGAAGUCUCAGACUCUGCCUGUGUCCCGUAACAGGGCGGGAAUGAUGCAUGCCCGCUUACAGCAGCUCAGCAGCCUGGAUAACUCAUACACAUAUAACCACACCUACAGCCACUCGGACGCGGACGUGCUGAACCAGUCCCUCCUGGAGGCCAACAUCGCUACUGAGGUGUGCCUGACUGUCCUGGACACACUCAGCAUCUUCAUCAUGGGGUUCAAGGCACAACUGUGUUCUGACCACGGCCACAACCCGCUCAUGAAGAAGGUGUUUGAGGUCCACCUCUGUUUCCUGCAGAUCAACCAAUCAGAGACGGCCCUCAAGCAGGUCUUCACCUCACUGCGUACCUUCAUCUACAAGUUUCCCUGCACAUUUUUCGAGGGCCGCGCGGACAUGUGCGCUUCGUUCUGCUACGAGAUCCUCAAGUGUUGCAACUCCAAGCUGAGCUCCAUCCGCAGUGACGCGGCCCACCUGCUCUACUUCCUCAUGAAGAGCAACUUCGACUACACGGGACGCAAGUCGUUUGUCCGAACGCACUUACAGGUGGUAAUCGCCGUCAGCCAGUUGAUAGCGGAUGUCAUCGGGAUUGGAGGAACUCGCUUUCAGCAGUCUCUGUCGAUAAUCAACAACUGUGCCAACAGUGACAGGGCCAUCAAGAACACCGCUUUCCCGUCAGAUGUGAAGGACCUGACCAAACGAAUCAAAACGGUUCUAAUGGCCACAGCUCAGAUGAAGGAGCACGAGCGAGACCCGGAGAUGCUGGUGGACCUCCAGUACAGCCUGGCCAAGUCUUACGCCAGCACGCCUGAGCUACGCAAGACCUGGCUUGACAGCAUGGCCCGCAUCCACGUCAAGAACGGAGACCUGUCCGAGGCAGCCAUGUGCUAUGUGCAUGUUGCAGCACUUGUGGCAGAAUACCUUCGGAGAAAAGGCAUGUUCAAGCAGGGCUGCUCCGCGUUCCGUGUGGUGACUCCAAAUAUUGACGAAGAGGCAUCCAUGAUGGAGGACGUAGGCAUGCAAGAUGUCCACUUCAAUGAGGACGUGCUGAUGGAGCUGCUGGAGGAAUGUGCGGAUGGACUGUGGAAAGCCGAGCGUUACGAGCUCAUCUCCGACAUCUACAAGCUCAUCAUCCCCAUCUACGAGAAGCGCAGGGACUUUGAGAAACUGGCCCACUUGUAUGACACGCUCCAUCGCGCCUACAGCAAGGUCACGGAGGUCAUGCACACGGGCAAGAGACUGCUGGGCACCUACUUCCGAGUGGCCUUCUUUGGCCAGGGCUUCUUUGAAGACGAAGACGGAAAGGAGUACAUCUACAAAGAGCCCAAGUUCACCCCACUGUCCGAAAUAUCUCAGAGGCUGCUUAAAUUGUACUCCGACAAGUUCGGACAAGAGAAUGUGAAGAUGAUCCAGGACUCGGGGAGGAUCAAUCCCAAAGACCUGGACUCUAAGUAUGCCUACAUCCAAGUGACGCAUGUGACUCCCUUCCUGGAUGAGAAGGAGCUCGUGGACAGGAAGACGGACUUCGAGAAGAGCCACAACAUCCGUCGCUUCGUGUUCGAGAUGCCUUUCACCGUCUCCGGCAAAAAGCAAGGCGGGGUGGAGGAGCAGUGCAAACGCAGGACUGUGUUGACCUCAACACAUUGCUUCCCCUACGUGAAGAAGCGAAUCGCGGUGAUGUACCAGCACCACACCGAUCUGAACCCCAUCGAGGUAGCCAUCGACGAGAUGAGCAAGAAGGUGGCCGAGAUCAGACAGCUGUGCUCCUCCAGCGAAGUGGACAUGAUCCGCCUGCAGCUCAAGCUGCAGGGCAGCAUCAGUGUCCAGGUAAAUGCGGGCCCACUCGCGUAUGCCCGGGCUUUCCUCGAUGACGCCAGCACCAAGAAGUACCCCGACAACAAGGUCAAACAGCUGAAAGAGGUUUUUAGGCAGUUCGUGGAGGCGUGCGGCCACGGCUUAGGCAUCAACGAGCGGCUGAUCAAAGAGGACCAGCAGGAGUACCACGACGAGAUGAAGGCCAACUACAGAGAGCUGGCUCGAGAGCUGUCCGCCAUCAUGCACGAGCAGAUCAGUCCAGUAGAGGAUGGCAUGAAGAGCGUCCUUCCGGAUUCGCUUCACAUCUUUAAUGCCAUUAGUGGCACGCCAACCGGUGCCACAAUCCAGGGCAUCCCCAGCACCUCCUCUGUUGUGUGACGCUAGCUAAAGGCGAUUCCUGAUGUCGUCGCCCGGCCACGCCAGAGAUGCCAUGAAGCCCCUCGCCUGAAACCCGUCUCUGCCGCUGUUCUCUCUCAUCCGCUAGUCGGCCAUCUUGGAGGGGGAACAGACGGCUCACCCACGAUGUCUGGCUUUUUUCGUGCACGGUGACCAGACACAUUCAUUGUAUGAACGUUGUACCCACGGAUGUGACCGGUGACUACUCUGUGACGUUUUGAGAAACUCCGGGGAGGAACACUGUGCUGCGAGGACGGUAGCCAUAUUGGAACUGCUUUAUGGCCAGUCAUAACGUAUGACCUGGCUUCAUCUGUACUGUCUCCUCCGUGGCUCCCAUCUAUCCGCAGACGAGUGGGUAGCACUUCCUAUGGAGUCGUUCCUGUUGGAGUCUUUUUUUUAAACUGACAAAUAUAUGCAUGUCAUCGCCGAGCCCCCUUACACCACCCAGAAAGGCUCCUUUACCUGUGUUUAUUUUCAUAUUUUUCCCCCUUUUUUGGUUUUUGUAAUGUACAGUAUUCUACUUUUAUAAGUCGCUAUAUUGGUGUCUCAGAGAACAAUACGUGCUGCAUCCACUGACACUCAUCUCCUGUGUACAUGAAUUUAUAUUUCUACAAAGCUGCAGCUUGUCGGAAAAAGAGCCUCCAGUGGAAAAUGUUAGUAUUCGAACCUUAAUCACUUCAAUGUCUUAGAACGGGAGCGCUUUGGGAUAUUUAAAGCCAUUGCAUACAGUGAGUGUAUUCCACAUUGUUUAUUCUUGUAUAAAAAAAAACGUGUGUGUGCAAUAUUUGUCUUUUGCAAAAAAUAAAUCUUGCUGUCUGGGGCUGAUACACUGUAAAAAAAAUAAAAUAAAAAAGUUCACUUUCUUGCCAAAGCAGUGAGAUGUUGAACCAGAGACUAGGCCUACUGUGGACGUUAAUACGAAACUUUACCAUUUUAGUGUUCAUUGAAAUGUUGAUGAAAUUGUUUUAUAUCUGGGGAGCAAUGGGUUUUCUUUUUUCUUUUUUUUUUCUUUUUUAUUUAACAGAAAGUCACUGUUCUGCUGUAAACAAAUGUUCCCUAAUGCUUUACUUUUAAAUAAAAUUCACUCGUUUCUC